AUGCUUAAAUUUAAAGAGUUGAAUGAAAAUAUUGGUAAUAUUGAAGAAGUUAAAAAGCUAGAAAUUGAGAUGAUGAAACUUUAUGAUACAAAAACACAAUAUAUUCAAACCCAAUGUAGAGGAUUGCUUGACAAAACAAUACAAACUAGAGAUGAGAUUAAAAAAGAAAAUACCAAAUUAAAAACUGCAAUUUCUUUUAUGAGAGAAAGUGCUGAUAGGGAGAAGAAGUAUUAUCAAGAACAAUAUCUGAAAAAAGAAAGUGAAGCCAAUACUCAUAAAAGACGAGUUGAAGAAAUUGAAGUUGAAAAGAAGUCACUUGAAGACAAUAUGAAUAAACUAAAAGAAGAGAAACAAAAAGUUGAUGAUGAAAGAAAUUUAGCAAUUGAUGAAAUGAUGAAAUUAAAAGAAGAGCUAGAAAAUGAAAAGUUGAAUCUUAUUAAAUUGAAAGACAUCAAUGAAACAUUAGAAGCACAAUUAAAAGUUGAAAAGAAAAAGAAAAUAGAAGGAGUUGAUGAGUUAAAAUAUCAAAUUGCUAAAAGUCAAAAGACUAAAGAAGAAACAGAAAAAAAGCUUAAUAAAGAAAUUGAAAAGUUAAAACAGACAAAUAGAGAAAUAAGUAAGAAGUUAGAAGAAGAAAUAAAAAAGAAAGAGGAUGCUAAAGAAAUGGCAAAAGCAGAAUUAACUAGUUCAUUUAAGAAAUUACUAAAUGCAGUUAAAGAAGAAACAGAAAAAAGUUAUCAGACUGAAAUUAACCAACUAAAAAGAGAAAUUGAAGAGUUACAAAAGAAAAAAGGAAAUGAGAUGAGAAAUGAGAUUCAACCAUUGAAAAGAAAAAUUGAAGAAAUAGAAUUAACAAGAAAGGAAGAGAAAGAAGUUCAUAAAAAAGAAAUAAAAGAUAUUGAAUUACAAAAAGAAAAAGAAAUAAAAGAAAUAAAAGAUGGAUUAACACAAGAGAUUAACCAAUUAAAAAAUGAAAAGGAAAAUAUUGAAUAUAAACUUAAUAUUGAAUUAAAUGAUAAGAAAAGUGAAAUAAAUAAAUUAAAACAGAAAAUUACAAGCAAUGAAACAAAAGAAAAGAAAUUAAUAAAUCAAAUAGAAACUCUUAAAACAGAAUUAUCCAAAAAAGAACAGGAGAUUGUCGAGAUGAAAGAAGCAGAAGAAAAACUUAAAACAGAAAAUGAAGGUAUUAAAGAAGAAAAUAAACAAUUAAUUGAAGUGUCAAAAACUAAGGAAAAAGAACAACAAGAAAUUAUUAAUCAAAAAAAUAUAGAUAUUCAAAAAGUUAAUGAUGAAUUAAAUCAAAUGAAAACAGCCAAUACAACAAUUACAUCUGAACUUUUUAAAGAACAAACUACCAACAAAACACUUCAGAAUGAAAUAAACACUGCCUUAAAGAUUAUUGAUGAAAUGGAAAAAGAAAUAGACUCAUUUACUAUUUGGAUUCCUUUAGAAGAAAGCUUUUUAGGUACGGAUAAACUUAUUCAAUUAAAUCAUGGAUUGAUAAAGGAAGAGUUACAUAUUCCUAUUCGAAGAGGAAUCAAAGACAAUGAACAAGUGAAGGUUGGAGAAUAUACAUUUACUAUUCGAAUCUUCCCACACAAAUACUGUUGGAGAGAAGGAGACGACUUAUAUAUCAACAUCAAAGAUUGCGAAUUUUUCACUCAUCCAAAAACAUUGGGGGUAUAA